AAUUCUAAAUUAAUGGCACGUUCUCUACAGCUCUUCAGCAUCAGAGUAAAUUGCAUAAGCAUGUAGUACCUCUUUCUAUAAACCAAAGAGUGCCAACUUCAUACUGGCGUAUGGCAUAAGAUGACAAUGACGUAAAUACAAAAAUGAAAAUGAAGUAAUGAAGUCGACAAUAGCUUAAAAUUAUUAUUUUGUCCAAGAAAUCCAGUUUAUCAACAUGAUAAAUAAAUAGUUGUGACUUGUUCGCUGUGAUUAACAACAUUAUGUUACGAAUAAGAGCAAAAAUGAAAUAAUAAUGAAUGGGAAAGUGACAUAAAUGGGUCCAACGACCGAAAAAGUAGACCUUAGCACAACACAAUCAGAUUUAGUCGUUCUUCAAGAAAAAGGGUUUAUAUUAGAGAAAAUAAUAGGGGAGGGAUCUUAUGCUAAGGUUUAUAAAGCAACUCAUAUGGUCGAUGAGACCCGGCAUUCAGUACUGGCGUGCAAAGUCAUCGACACAGCGCAGGCUCCGCGCGACUACCUCACUAAAUUCCUGCCUCGCGAACUCGACGUACUCAUCCGGAUCAACCACCCCCAUGUCGUCCACGUGUCGAACAUAUUCCAGCGGCGCGCCAAAUACUUCAUAUUCCUACGGUUCGCCGAGAACGGUGACUUGCUCGAUUUCCUCACACAAAACGGACCCGUUCCGGAGAAUCAAAGUAGGCUGUGGAUGAGGCAGAUCAUCUCGGGGAUUUACUACAUACACACUUUGAACAUAGCGCAUAGAGAUUUGAAGUGCGAGAACAUAUUGAUUACGGCAAAUUACAACGUGAAGAUAACGGAUUUUGGAUUUGCGCGGAUCGUGCGACAGAGAGACCGGGAUGUUCUGAGCGAGACGUAUUGUGGCUCGCUGUCGUACGCCGCGCCCGAGGUGCUGAAAGGCGUGCCGUAUCUGCCCAAAAUGGCCGACAUGUGGUCCAUAGGCAUCAUCCUUUACACGAUGCUCAAUAAAGCGUUGCCCUUCAACGAGACAUCAGUGAAGAAAUUAUAUGAGAAGCAGGUGAUGCGCAAGUGGCGGUUCCGCACGAGCGUGGUGAACCAGCUGUCGACGGAGUGCAAGCAGCAGGUGACGGCGCUGAUGGAGCCCGAGGCCAAGGCGCGGCCCACCGCCGGCAGCAUCUUCAGCGGGCCCUGGAUCAGCAUGGACCCACGGCUCACCAAACUGACGUUUUUGGAAGAAUCUCUGCUAAAGCAAGCGCAAGACGAGUCGCAAAAGAAAGAGAGAGAUGUCGAUGAAGAAAGUGAAGUAGAGAGAAUAGCGGAACUGCGACGCAAAGGUCGAGGAAAAGAGGGUCUGAAAGUACUGAAGAACAUUGAAACAAACUACCCUAAAUCCCAGCAGUUAUUUGAAAGCAAAGAUUAAAAAAAACAAGAAUUAUGUCCAUUCAGUGUUUAUUAACUCUUACAUUUUAUAUUUAUGACUUUAAGUUAUUGUAAAAAUUAUUUAAUACAUUAUUGUACAAAUGA